AUGGCAGUCUCUUGCGCUCACUCCUUUGUCAUGAUUAAGUCUGACAAUACUCUCGUCCAGUGGAUUUGCCAGCACUGCCGCUCGGGGCCUCACUGGGCAAUCUAUGAAUGCACCUACUGCAAGCUUCAUCUAUGCCGCCCUUGUACCCAGGCGGCGUAA